AAUUAAAAGCCAGAAAACAUUGGCAAAACAGAACCACAGAAUCACAAAAGGGGCUGUCGUUCGAAUUCCGCGCAGUUUCAAAAAAUAUGAUUCUGGCCAAUCAUAUCAUCCGAUUUACCCCCACGUGGUACAGAGAAGGGUCAAUUUUAGAGGGCGCUAUUUUUUUCGGGUUCAUAUUGAGACCCAGACUGCAUCGCGAAACAAAAUGGCUGACCAGACAAUAGAUUCCCUUCUGGCUUCACUCGCCAGUAUGGGUUUUGAAAUAACUCAAUGUCAACGUGCUGUCCAGGCAGGGAAGCUAACUGUACAAUCUGCUGUAGAAUGGAUUUUACAAGGAGGACAAGAGACAGCUACAAUACCUACAGUUUCAUCACCGCAAUCAUCAACCCAGGCUCCAGCAACACUUCGACUUCCAGCCUUUGGACAUACUGGAGGAUCACUACAGCCAGAUCCCAAUCUUCCAACCAGUACAGACUGCCAUGUUGAAUUUGGUGAUACAGGCAGUGAGGCAUCACAGCAGCUGAACCCAGGAGAGACUCGGUAUCGACAGCAAGAUGUAUACAGCAGGUUUUCACUUACUGAAGAGAAAGUAAAGGAGAAAGAGAGUUGGGAGGAGAAGCAGAGAAAACAAGCCACGCUGGAAGCAAAACAGAAGAGAUUGGCAGAGAAGAAGGCCAAAGAUCAAGUUCUACGAGAGAUAGCAGCUGACAGAGAGGCACAGAAGUUACGAAUGAGAUCACCACCUCCACCUAAAGAGGUUCCACAAGCAAAACCUGAAUCAAGUGUUAAAUCACCUGUGAGUUGCCAGUCAACAGAGCCUAGCAAAGCUGACAUGUGUAUGCUUCAGAUUCGUCUUCAAACAGGUCAAAUUCUGAGGCAGUCUUUUAUGGCAAAUGUAACUUUACAACAUGUGUUUGAUUUUGUGAUGGAGAAGAAUCCUAAGCUUCGUAAUGUGGGGUUUAUGCAGCCUUUCCCUAGGAGAGAGUUUUCUGAAUCAGACAUGACGUCGUCAUUAGCCGAGUUAGGACUAACUCCAAAUGGUGCUUUAGUGGUUAAGAAGCUUGAUGGACCAACACCACAAAAAGUAUCAAAGGAAAACUCAGCAGAAGGAAGUGCAAGUGGGUCAAGUCAAGCAAGCCCAACUUCUCCCUCAGAUGCACCAGCUGGAAUCAGACCACCUGGUUUCCCGUUCCAUCCAGCUGCUGAGUUAGGUUUAGAAGAGCAGCAUUCAUCUAGACAUCAGUGGGGUAGAGGCAACAAGAUGGACGACCAAGAAAUGGAGAAUCAGGAUGAAAGAGCUGCAGAAGAACCUGUUCCUAUGGUGAUAAAUGAACAUGCAGAAGAAGAGGAAGGUGAUGAUAAUGAUGAUGAUAAUAUUGCAGUUCCUGGUGCAAUGGCCGGGUGGGGUAUUCCUCCAGUAGCUCCUGGAAAUUUGUUUGGUGGUCAGUUUGGUGGUGGUGCACAUGACUGGGGUGCGGGACACUCUAUGGGCCAUGGUGUUCCUGAUCUUAAUCAAGGAUUACCUGCAGAUAAUCCAGAAGAACCAAGUGUACACAGAGAAGCUGCUGUAGCUGCUGCUCUACAAAGAAUGGCUGCCAACCAGAAACAUGAUUCACAGUCAUCCAGGAGGUGUUUGGCUCUUGAAGUACAUUCACUACUGGAGCUAUGCGUUUCUUCCAUUGCUCACCGAGUAAAGACACAACACCAGCAUUUGAAUCUUGGAGCCAUGCCAUUGGACGUUGCCGAAAAACUUCUCAAGGUGAUGAUGGUGGAAGGUACGCUGAGGCCAAAGACAUUGAAUAUUUUCUUACCUUGUCGCCUGAGACAAUUGGUUUUGGACUGUUACAAGUAUACCACCAAUGAGUUGUUAUUCGCUGUCAGACUUCACACCAACCUUGUGCAUCUCAGCCUGUGUUCAUGCCCGCUCAUCAGUGAUAAUGGGGUGGCACCCCUUAAAACAUUAAAAAGACUAAAACAUCUUAAUCUCAGUUCUUGCCGGCAGUUAACAGACAAGGUUUUAGAUACAGUUAAAGUAUUUAAGUAUUUAGUUACAUUGUCACUGGAAGAGACCAGUGUUACAGACCGGGGAAUGCAAAGCUAUUUACAAUCUUCACCAUCUACAUUAUCUCAUCUUAAUCUCAACAAGACCUCAGUCACUGAUGCUACACUUCAGGCAUUAUCAGCUCUUACACACCUCAAAUCUCUAGGCUUGGAAGGAACUAAGAUUAGUCAUCUUGACUGCUUAAAAGCCCUUAGUAAACUCCAGUCAUUGAACAUAUGCAGUACAAAUCUACCGGCCAUUGCUCUUUCACAUCUCAAGUCACUGACAUCGUUGUCAUCUUUAAAUAUAUCAAACAUUGAUUGUAUGAAUGGAGAUGAAGCGUUACAAUGUCUUUCAGGUUUAAAGUUGACGCAUUUGAAGAUGCCAAGUCGACACACAACGACUGAUGUUGGUUUAAAGUAUAUUUCAGACAUGCCACUGGUUGUGCUGGACUUAACAGAUUACAUUCGAAUAACAGACGAGGGAGUUCGGCACCUAUCCAAUAUGAGAAGCCUUAAUAGUUUAUUUCUUGUGAACACAAAGAUCACUGAUGAUGCAAUGACACAUAUUCAAGGUUUGUCAAAUCUUGUUGAACUGUGUUUAGAUCACACAGAGAUCAGCAAUAAAGGAGCGACAGUCCUUGGAUUUUUCAAUAAAUUACAAGUUCUUGGUUUAGCAUCAACAAGGGUUACCAGCAAAUUACUGAAAAGUCACGUAUUAAACAAAUUAGUUAUGUUAAAUAAGCUCAAUCUGAGGGAUACGAAGAUCAGAGAUAACGGUCUGGAUGCUUUAAAACUACCACACUUGACACUCAUCAACUUAGACCGCACACAAGUGUCGCCUAAUGCUAUUGAGCAUUUACAAGGCUGCCCACAGCUAAAGUUCAUCCGCAUGAAAGAAUUACAGCCAAGACGACAUGAAGAUGAUGAUACCGAUGAUUAAUUAAUAUAGCAGGACUAUUCAGCACAUAUUGCAAUGUUAUUUCUCUUGGUUACUGCCCUCUGAAACAAUACAAAACGCAGAUGAGAAGUUUAUUGUCAUGAAAUUAUACAUAUAUUAAUAUUACGGUGAUUCAGUGUACACCAAGUAAAUCGCUACAGACUGUUGAAUUAACAGAUCAAUUGAUGGGUAUGGUUUACCCAAUUUUUUUCCCUCAGUCUUCACUAUUCUUGGUACCUUACCUAUCUACCAUAAUAUACUGUAUGGUGCUGUAAAAGGUAGGCCAGUUCCUGCCUACAUUCCUCACCCAGUAUGUACUGGUGUGUAUGUUGUAAUGAGGUUGCCAACAUAUUGUUUUGAUGUUCAAUAAAUUUCUCUUUUCUUUU